AUGGCCUCUUUCCGCUUCUUCUGUAUCGCUUUUUUCUGCGUCAUCGGCUUCAUUCCUCAUUACUGGAGGGCGGAGGCAGCGUGCCCCAAGCCCAUCUGGUUACCUCUCUCCAACUGUACCAUCGCGCGUGCCAACACGCCGACCGUGGAUUCAUGGGGCACUCUCCUUGCAGUCAGGUCGUCAGGGCAGGAGCUGUGUUUGGUACCAUCUACCGCUCUCAAUAAUUCGAUACUAAUGGGUGUUGAUGUUUGCCGUCCCGACAACAGACCUAAUAGCACCCUGGAUCAAUGUCGCUCGCGCCGCGGUGGGCUCCUCGACGUUGCGGCGAUGGGAUCGUCCUUCAUCCCCAUUGCCACUUCGUCCCUUGUUCCAGAUGACGGUUGGCGCAUGAUCAUGGCUCCGUCGCAACCAUUCCAACAGGCUGGGAAAACCACUCUGAACCUGCUCUCCGAUGCCUCGAUUGAAAUGCCUGUGGCUAUAGUGACGGAGGGCCAGAACCACACUACCAGCGAGCUCGGGCUAGGCCUCAGCUCCGUUUUUCUUCAAUCGCUCGUCGAUGCCGGCCUAAUCGCUGCACGAGUCUUUGGCCUCAAUGCAGGAUCGCAAUCCACUGCUCAACCCCGCGAAGGAAGCUUGGUCCUUGGUGGCUAUGAUAUGGCCAGCAUCAGCAGCCAUUUUACCGAGUAUCCGAUGGACUACCCACUACUCGAAGACAUUUCAAACCGGGUUUGUCCUCUCCAGGUGAAGAUCCGGAAGCUCAUAUUACGUCCCGCAGACGGGGAUGACAUCACUUUAAGCGACGAGGGUUCGGACAUUGAUGCUUGCAUCGAGCCAUAUGACAAUCUCUUCCGACUUCCAACCUUCGCACUCGACCUCUUCAAGCAGCAUACCCAGUGGACGAGCGACACCACUGAAGAUCCAGAGCUACUUGUUCCCGAGCCGGGAUUGCUCUACCCGAGCUCUACCGGAUUCAACGGUAGUCUCUUGAUCUCGCUGAACAACGACUUUGAAGUCGAAAUUCCAAACGCUGAGCUGCAGCACCCACUGAGAGGUAUCGCAGCGAAUGGUACAAGAGUUUUGAACAACAACAUCACCGAGGCCAACGUCUAUUUCAAUUCAGCGCCCCUACAAGCGGCGGUGUUGGGCAAAGUUUUCUUGUCACAGGUAACUCUCGAAGAACAAACAGUCCUUGGAAAGGUCUAUCUUGCCGUCGACUACGAUGCGAAGCGAUUUAAGCUCGCUCGACAGAUUCAACGCGACGUAACUCCGAAUCCGGUACAUCUAUCCCCAUGUUCGUCUAACAAGCUGGGGGUAGGCAGCAUAGCGGCUAUUGUCAUUGGAUCUGUCUUAGGUCUUCUGAUUGCACUCCUACUAUGGUCAGGAUGGUACUUCCGCAAGCGGCUCGAAGCGAUCGAUUGGAAGGUGGAGCACUUUCCUCAUUCACAAAAUCAGACACAAACUCUACCUGUUCAACCUGUUCAACCUGCUCAAGUCACUUUCUAG